UUUUUAGAUUCAUCAUCGGUAGAAACAUAAACAAUCCGUACGUCAACUACCAAGCUCGACAAUUUCAACACAGGGCACAAAUUAGGGUUUCUUGGGUGCAAAAUCGAAGACACUCCGAUCGAUUAAACGCGACACAAAAUUAGGGUUUCAACAUCAUUGAUGCUGCUAAUUGUCAAUCUAUUGUUUCUGUAGCAUGUAGAAGAUAUGGUGAACAAUCAAAGCGAAUAUUUACCUCCAGCAGGAGACAUAAUCGACACCAAUCAUCAUGAUCCAUUAUCAUCAUCAUUAAGUGAGUACAAAUGCCACGGGUUAUGGUACACCGCCAUUCUAUCCAUCCCUGCGGUAUUAUUUGUACUGUAUUUAGGGUUUCAUCUGAAAAAGAACAUCAAGAAGCUCCGUCAUCGUCGCUCACAUGUUAUGAUCACUUACUAUGUUCUUCUUUGGUUCUCUGCUACUCUUAAUCUCGCAUGGUGUUCUCUUCAGGUAUGGCAGUGCGUUCCUGGUAAGGAAUUAUCUUGGAACUUGUUGUCAUUGCUCACAGCAUUGGGAACACUAUGUUUAGAGAUUAGCUUGGUAGCCUUCUUAUUGCAAGAAAGUUAUGCGAGCGGGCUGGAAGCAUUAGCUCACACAUUCAUUAUUUCAGGGCUCAUUGUUGGAGCAGACAUACUUUUAAAGGCAAUUUGUGUGUUUGGAUUCCACAUUCCACUUUUCAUGGAUGGCGAAACCACCCAUAUAGGGAAAUGGGGCUUGUGGACAGUUGAUAAGCUAUUGCUGACAUGUACAUAUGGUUAUAUACUUUUUGUGCAUUACUCAACGUGGAGAGAUAAGCUACCUCCUAGGCCAGCAUUUUACAAUUACGUUGUUGUCAUGUUUGUGAUUACUGGGAUAGCGUUAUCUGGUUGUGGGCUUGCUGCAAUUGGUGUGGGAUUCGGACAUUGGCUGUAUAGUUUGGUUGUUAUCUGCUACCACACUUUCUAUCUUCCCUUUGUUUAUAUAACUUUCCUAGCAGAUUUCUUUCAGGAGGAAGAUUUGCUUUUGGAUAAUGCAUACUACUCUGAGAUGAAGGAUGCUGGGUUUUUCGAUUCUGAUUUGGAAUAAAUGUAAAUGAUUAUUGUCACUCAACUUUGUUUGGCAUGAUAUAAUCAGACUUCAUUUGAUCUGCUUUGGUUAAAAGUAAUCUUGGGACAACUAGAUGUCGCAUUUUCCCUCUUAGCAUACGGCAUUAACUUCAGGACGCCUACCAACCGGAUCGGGCACGAAGAAGGUAGGCACUGAAAGUGAUCUUGAUGAAUGCUUGUUGGAUAGAGCAACAUUCAUUCCCAUCCUUUGGUUGUCCCUGGUUGGUCGACUUUGUUCUUUACUAUGCGGGUCUAGUUCAACCUCAUAAGUAGUGGCAAAUUUCAAUUCAUUUACCGGGUUGAUUUGGGUUGUAUUUCUCUUUAUCGAGUGAAAUCUGUUAAAAUAUUAGAACUUAGCCACAAAUAUAAUGGGCAGAAUGAUUUGACUUGAUUAAA